AUGGCUUCAGAAAACACAUUUUCAGACUUUAAGUUGGCAACUGAGUUGUCCGCAUGGAAACAAUUGGAAUCCUUGUACGAAAGCAAGGGUAAGAAGCUAAAUGUCAAGGAAGAAUUCUCUAAGGACAGCUCUCGUUUCGAGAAGUACUCUAAGACCUUUGUGAAUUACGAUGGUUCUAAGAUUCUGUUCGAUUUCUCUAAGAACUUGAUUGACGAUGAAAUUGUCAAGACCUUGAUCUCCCUAGCCAAGGAAGCCAAGGUUACCGAAUUGAGAGACGCCAUGUUCAAGGGUGAACACAUCAACUUCACCGAAGACCGUGCUGUGUACCACGUUGCUUUGAGAAACAGAUCCAUGAAGCCAAUGAGCGUGGACGGCGUUAACGUGGCUCCAGAAGUGGACUCUGUUUUGCAACACAUGAAGGAAUUCACCGAAGAAGUUAGAUCUGGUUCCUGGAAGGGUUACACCGGUAAGGCUAUUACUGAUGUUGUUAACAUCGGUAUCGGUGGUUCCGACUUGGGUCCAGUCAUGGUUACCGAAGCCUUGAAGCACUACGCAACCAACAUCCACGUUCACUUCGUUUCUAACAUCGAUGGUACCCACAUUGCAGAAACUUUGAAGAACUUGAACCCUGAAACCACCUUGUUCUUGAUCGCUUCCAAAACCUUCACCACUGCUGAAACCAUCACCAACGCUACCAGCGCUAAGAACUGGUUCUUGUCCAAGACUGGCAAUGACCCAUCUCACAUCGCCAAGCAUUUUGCUGCUUUGUCCACCAACGCUAAGGAGGUUGAGAAGUUCGGUAUCGACACCAAGAACAUGUUCGGUUUUGAAAACUGGGUCGGUGGUCGUUACUCUGUUUGGUCCGCCAUUGGUUUGUCCGUCGCUCUAUACAUCGGCUUCGACAACUUUGAAGCUUUCUUGAAGGGUGCCGAAGCUGUGGAUAAACAUUUCGUUGAAACUCCUUUGGAAGACAACAUCCCAUUGUUGGGUGGUUUGUUGUCUGUUUGGUACAACAACUUCUUCGACGCUCAAACCCACUUGGUCGCUCCAUUCGAUCAAUACUUGCACAGAUUCCCAGCCUACUUGCAACAAUUGUCUAUGGAAUCCAACGGUAAGUCCGUCACCAGAGGUAACGUUUUCGCAAACUACUCUACUGGUUCGAUUUUGUUCGGUGAACCAGCCACCAACGCUCAACACUCUUUCUUCCAAUUGCUACACCAAGGUACAAAGUUGAUCCCAUCUGAUUUCAUCUUGGCUGCCCAAUCUCACAACCCAAUUGAAGACAACUUGCAUCAAAAGAUGUUGGCCUCAAACUUCUUUGCUCAGGCAGAGGCUUUGAUGGUCGGUAAGGACGAAGAAAAGGUCAAGUCUGAAGGUGCUACUGGAGGCUUGGUUCCACACAAGAUUUUCUCUGGUAACAGACCAACUACUUCUAUCUUGGCUCAAAAGAUCACUCCAGCUACUUUGGGUGCCUUGAUUGCUUACUACGAACACGUCACUUUCACCGAAGGUGCUAUCUGGAACAUCAACUCUUUCGACCAAUGGGGUGUCGAAUUGGGUAAGGUGUUGGCCAAGGUUAUUGGUAAGGAAUUGGAUGAUGGUAGCAAGAUUGCUACUCACGAUGCCUCUACCAACGGUUUGAUCAACCAAUUCAAGGAAUGGAUUUAA